AUGUCAUUCUACUAUGAACAGCGACGCCUGGGGAAUGAUCGGGUUGCUCUUGAACCAUUCGAUCCCAGCUUACACACUGCGAAAUUCGUUGAAGAGAAACGGGCGCAACCAGAAAUACUCACAUAUCUGAGUUUCCCUGCCGGCGAAACAGAAGAAGAGUUCAAAGAUUUCUACGAAAAAUACAUAAACUCGCCGCCCAGCGACUGCCUGUACGCUAUCAUUGACAAAGCGAACCCCGAGAAAGACUUCAAUGCAAACUACGCCGGCGCUAUUGCCCUGGCAACAACGAACCGUGAAAAUGCGUCUACGGAAAUAGGCAUCAUCGUUUUCCCGGCGUUCCAGCGCUCGCACGUGUCGUCGAACGCUAUAGGGCUUCUGCUGCAGUAUACACUUGACCCGCCGUCUGCGGGUGGAUUAGGACUGAGGCGCGUAGAGUGGAAGUGCCAUGCCGGGAAUGAGUCGUCUAGGAGAGCUGCUCUGCGGAUGGGAUUCGAGCUGGAAGGAAUCUUGCGAUGGGAAAGGGCAUUUCCGGGAGGCGCGGUUGGACUUUCUGUAGAUGCUUUGGAGAAAAGAAAUGGAACGUCGGGGGAGGCGCCCGGGCGACAUACUGCCAUUUUUUCAAUCGUUUGGGAUGAGUGGGAUGAGAAGCGCGCGAAGGUUGUUGGAAUUAUGGAGCGGAAGAGCUAG